CUUAAAUUUAAUGCCGUGCGACAGUUUAUCUCCCGGCGGUAAGGUGCCCUGUGAAGGGGCUUUAGUUCAAGAUGGCGGUGGACGCGUACCUGUUGUGGUUCUUCUCCCUCUUAAACGCGAUAGCUACAUGUGGUGCGGAUUUCUCAUCCGAAGCCUGCCGGGAGCUUGGCUUCUCCAGUAACUUGCUCUGCAGUUCUUGUGACCUUCUGGGUCAGUUUGGGCUCAACCAACUAAAUGUAGACUGCAGACAAUGCUGUCAAGAGGAGGCCCAGCUAGAACAGAAAAAGUUGUAUGCUGGAGCUGUCCUUGAAGUAUGUGGAUGAAAAUUGGGAAGGUUCCCCCAAGUCCAGGCUUUUGUCAGAAGUGAUAAGCCCAAGAUGUUCAAGGGACUACAGAUCAAGUAUGUCCGUGGCUCUGACCCUGUGCUGAAGCUGCUGGAUGACAAGGGGGACAUUGAAGAAGAGUUGAGCAUUCUCAAAUGGAACACCGAUAGUGUGGAAGAAUUCCUGAGUGAAAAGUUAGAACGUAUAUAAAUUGCAGCCUGUUGCAGGUCUGAUUUCCAUUUUGUAUAUCAAUUUGUACCCAUUAAUGCCCCUGUCCCACUUUGGAAACCUGAACGGAAACCUCUGGAGACUUUGCGCCCCACCCAAGGUUUCCGUGCGGUUCCCAGAGGUUGCAGGUGGUUGCCGGAGGUUGCAGGUAGUGGAAGCAGGUAGGGAGACUGACAAAAACCUCCGGGAACCGCACGGAAACCUUGGGUGGGGCGCAGAGUCUCCAGAGGUUUCCGUUCAGGUUUCCUAAGUGGGACAGGGGAAGGAACUCCCACGACAUACUGGUUAGAGUGAUUACUCAAAAUUAUCAUAUUCAAUUUUACAAUGCACCGAUUAGGUUUAUUACCGUGAUUCUCAAUGGUAUUUUACGAAGGAUAUUUAGUUUCGCCCCAGCACAUGACCAGUUAAUAAAUGAGUAUGGCUUCUUUUGAAAUUUGAAAUGUACUGUAUAAUAUUGUUUAUUUGGGUCCAUUACAACAUUCCGUUGGCUUGAAGUGGCUUUUAUUGGUUGUACGGUUUCCUUCUGUUUACUGCAGUGAACAAGAUUCAUUAAGGAGUUGCACUUUUGUGAAGGCCGCACAUGAAACCAUUUUGAGGAUAUGUGCAGCUCGAUGUUUUGUGCACUGACUGGUGUUUCUGCUCUGCUGAAGUAGAAGUAGCCCAGAGAGUUGGUAUUGUUUGAAUUUAGAAAGUUGGAAUAAUAAAAGUUAUUAUUAACAUAAA